UAAAGACACCUCUUCCCCCAAGAGUUCAUAUACUCGAAUUCAUACCUCACUAAAGGAAGAAAAAAACAGAAAAAAGGAAUACAAGCAGGUUAUUGGGCUCAUUUCCAACUAACAGCCCAACAGAAUAAGUCGAGUAGACAAGUUACAAGGCCCAACAUUACCCAACUAAGGGCCCAAUUGAAAAACACAUCAAUGGGCCAAGCCCAAGUUCUGUUACACAUUCAGUUUCCCCCUCAACGCUCAGCAAGGGCAUUACAGUCAUUGCAAAAUCCCCAAUCUGCACUCCGCCAUGGCUUCUUCAAUUCACUCCACAUUUCUCAAAUCCCAAAUCUCAAUUCCGAUCCCCGUUUCCGCCGCGGCUGCCGUCGCCGUUUCCCUUCCGGUACGCUGUGGCCCUCGGGACAACCGAGGACCGCUAGUGAAAGGCAGAACCCUAAGCAUCGAAGCAAUCCAAGCCAUUCAAUCUCUAAAACGGGCCGAGAGAUCCGACCCGACGAAGCUCCAACAAGUCCUCUCCACUACGCUCUCCCGAUUGCUCAAAGCCGACCUCGUCGCCUCCCUGAAGGAGCUCCUCCGGCAGGACCGGUGCGCCCUCGCCUUGGAGGUUUUCGCCGUAAUCCGAUCGGAGUAUGGCGCCGAUUUGGGGAUGUACGCGGAGGUGGCGGCGGCGCUGUCGAGGAACGGAGCAGCGGAGGAAAUCGACCGGCUGGUUUGCGACUUGGACGGCGGAGAUGUGCUGAUUCAGUGGGAUGAUAAGGGUUUGAUUAAGUUGAUCAAGGCGGUGAUUAGUGGGGAUAGAAGGGAAUCAACGGUCAGGAUUUAUCGGAUGAUGAGGAGGAACGGUUGGGGAUCUACCAUCAAAGCUGAUGAUUAUUUGGUUAGGGUCUUGAGCAAGGGUUUAAGGAGGUUUGGGGAAAUGGAGUUGGCUGAUGAGAUCAAUAGGGAAUUUCAAGAUUUAGUGGGCAAUGUUUGAAAAUUUUGUAAGUUGGUACAUUGACACAAAAUGUUUUUUAUUUUAUUUUAUUUUAUUUUAUUACUAUUUUUUUUUAAUUCUCUGUCUGUGUUGUAUUAUAAAAUUGCAAUAUUAUGAGGUGUUUGGCUUA